AUGUUACCUAUAACUUUAUCUAAUAAAUAUAAUAGAUAUCAAUCCACACAAUCUUCAACCUCGGCUGUUGAAUACAAACUUACGCACCCUCGUAAAAAACUGCCACCUUUGCCGAAAAUUGCUCCACCAACGCCAUCAGCUGAAGAAGCUGUUAACAAUAUUUUAUAUAAUACUCCUUCACCUCCUCCUUCACCUCCAAAAAGACAUAUUUUAAAUUGCCUUGUACAAAAUGAGCCUGGUGUAUUGAGUAGAGUGAGUGGUAUUUUAGCCGCAAGAGGGUUUAAUAUUGAUUCAUUAGUCGUAGCCAGUACAGAAGUAGCUGAUUUAAGUAGAAUGACAAUCGUUUUGCGAGGACAUGAUGUGGUAAUCGAACAGGCCAGAAGGCAAUUAAAAGAUUUGGUUCCUGUAUGGGCUGUUCUUGAUUAUACUAAUACGACGAUUGUUGAACGGGAAUUGUUAUUGGUUAAAGUAUCAAUUUUGGGACCCGAACAUUUACAUGAACAAUUAGCAGCUAUUAAACAUGAGGAAUAUGAUGAUGAAUUUAUGCCUGAGGCAGAUUUAGAAGCGGAGAACCUUGGUGCCACUAUUCUGAGCACUGAUCCUCUUUUCAUGGAUGAUCAAACAAGACUGUCUCCAUCAGCAUUAUUAAGACAAAAAUUCGCUCAUUUACACGCAUUAAAUGAUUUAACUAAACUUUUUGGUGCUCAUAUACUAGACGUUGCUAAUGAUAGUGUUGUAAUUGAAUUGUCCGCAAAACCUACUAGACUUGAUGCAUUUAUUAAAUUGAUCAAACCUUUUGGUAUCUUGGAAGCAGCAAGAAGCGGCAUGAUGGCACUUCCGCGAACUCCACUUCAUGAUCAUGAAAAGAAUGAUUUAGAGGAAGAGAGUGAAGACAGCGGUGUGGAUGCAACCAUGCUGCCUCCUGGCUAA